AUGGCAGGCGUGGUGGUUUGGGGUGGAAAGGAAGACCGCGGAAUAAAUGUCGGCACUUUGAGUAAUAUCGAUUAUUCUAUGAUAGUUUAUUCAUGGUGGUCAUUUAAAAGAAAUGGCGGUAGUUAUUCAAUUCGAGAAAGAAGUAGCCUUGCUUCUCUUCUCCCUCCGAAACUAGCUUCUGAAGUGACAAUGGUCACGCGUAAUGAUAUUGCGCACCGGCUGUUAUCGAUUCCAAUUUCCCAGGUCGCGCGAGAAAGUUUGGAUGGAGCCAUCGAAGGCCCGAACAACCAACAGACAACGAAGGUGCCCGCAAAACCGCAGACUUCCAGACCCUUAUUAACUUCUUGGGCUCCACGAGAGAUUCUAAGCAACCUUCAGGAAGGGAGGAGGCCUCCCGGCCCAUACGUAGAUUAUGUAGAACGUCGACUCAACAGCAUGGGCGCUGUCGCACCUUCACAGAAGUCUCAGUCGAUCCAAACUUCCGGAGAAUCGCAGCUCGAACUAUGGACCCCACCGCGCUGGUUUGGUGGUUCCAUCACCAAACAACGGAGCCGGAUUGCAUUGGUCGUCCAUACAAACAGCGGAACAUGGAACAAGCAAGCGCCCUUUCACUCUGGCUCACUGAUGGCUCAUGGCCACCACGCAUCAUGCCAAAUGAGUAGAACUGCGAAAUGCGAAGGCUGA